GCUCAUAUGACUGCAGCAGAUUCCUGCGAGUGAUGUCUGCUCUAACUUUGACUCUCCUUAGUGCAAUAAUAUGUUGUUCCUUGACAGAAAAGCCAUCAAAUGUAUCAUCUCCAAACAUUAUCAUCUUGCUCAUGGACGAUAUGGGUUGGGGGGACCUGGGGGUGUUUGGCCAGCCCUCGAAAGAGACCCCCAACCUGGAUGCCAUGGCUGCUGAGGGGAUGCUGCUUCCAAACUUCUAUACUGCCAACCCCCUCUGUUCCCCAUCCAGAGCUGCACUUCUCACCGGGAGGCUGCCUGUCAGAAACGGAUUCUACACCACUAAUGGCCACGCCAGAAAUGCAUACACACCACAGGAGAUAGUGGGAGGAAUCUCCAAGGAUGAGAUUUUGUUACCCCAGAUGCUGAAGAAAAAGGGCUACGUCAGCAAGAUAGUCGGCAAGUGGCAUCUGGGCCACAGGCCACACCACCUUCCUCUGGAGAACGGUUUUGAUGAAUGGUUUGGUGCACCGAACUGCCACUUUGGCCCCUACAACAGCAGCAUCAGACCCAACAUCCCUGUCUACAACAAUUCUGAGAUGCUUGGCAGAUACUACGAGGACUUCAAGAUUGACAGAAAGACUGGAGAGUCCAACCUCACGCAAAUCUAUUUGCUGGAAGGUCUUGAAUUCAUACAACGUCAGACUGUGGCCCGGCAACCGUUCUUCCUCUACUGGGCAGCCGACGCCACUCAUGCCCCCGUCUAUGCCUCCAAGCGCUUCCUAGGGAAGAGCCAGCGAGGCCGGUAUGGAGAUGCAGUGAUGGAGCUGGACUACAGCAUCGGUCAGAUCAUGUCAUGGCUGAAGACUUUGGGCAUCGACGAUAAUACCUUUGUCUUCUUCACCUCGGACAACGGAGCUGCUCUCAUAUCUGCCCCAAAAGAAGGUGGCAGCAACGGGCCGUUCCUCUGUGGGAAGGAGACCACUUUUGAAGGGGGCAUGAGGGAGCCCGCUAUUGCCUGGUGGCCUGGACAUAUCAAAAAAGGCACGGUGAGCUUCCAGUUGUCCAAUGUGAUGGACCUGUUCACCACCAGUCUGGCUCUGGCUGGCAUCAGCCCCCCUGAUGACAGAACCCUGGAUGGACUGGACCUGACACCAGUGCUGCUGAAGCAAUCCACCACACUCCAAAACAGGCCGAUCUUCUAUUACCGUGGGAAUGAGCUGAUGGCUGUGAGGCUUGGACAAUACAAGGCACACUACUGGACUUGGAGCAACUCGUGGGAAGAGUUUAAAAAAGGAAUCAACUUCUGCCCAGGUCAAGAAGUCCCAGAUGUGACUACUCACGACCAGAAAGAGCACACACUGCAGCCAAUCAUUUUCCACCUGGGACGGGAUCCUGGGGAAAAGUACCCAAUCAGUGUUUUGACUAAGGAGUACCAGAAUGUGCUGAGCGGGAUCUCUCCAGUUGUGGAGCAGCAUAAGAAGACGCUGGUGCCCGGUAUUCCUCAGCUCAAUAUGUGUGACGUGGCAGUGAUGAACUGGGCCCCCGCAGGCUGUGAGAAGUUAGGAAAGUGCCUCAAAGUGCCCAAGUCUGAGCCGUUGAAGUGCGACUGGCCACACUGAGAGCAAAACUGCGGAGCCAGACACGAGGAUGAGGAAGUAAUACCUACAGAUGUGCCUUUCAACGAACAACCUUAUCAUAUAAAAGUACAUUUUUUUGAAUUCUUUGUAAAAUGGUUUAUGUACAGUGUUGAAGGGAACAUUGCCUGAAACCAAGGGAAUUGUGUUUGUGCAACAACAUUACGCUGAUUAUGCAAAUAACUUGUAAAACUGUGAUUUUAAUGAGCCAACAGAAGUUCUACCUGUUCUGGAACAGCACUGCAUCAACAACCAACCAGUGGAUUAAGACAUGACUUUAUUUAGUGAUGUAAAACACAUAGGGAAAUAUAUUUAUUUUGAUCAUGCUUUAAGUAAUAAAUUGUACCAAGUUGGAUUAUUGGAUUAAUUCUGUAUCUUUUUUACAUGCACACUGCAAAAUGUGGUUUUUAAUAAAAAGUUAUUUUUA